GAGCAGCACAUCAGAGGCAGACAGCUGGGCAGAGAUUAUAACCAAAUCAUCAACAAUGACUGAGUUCAGGAUUGUUCUGGUGGGUAAAACUGGAUCAGGAAAGAGCUCAUCAGGAAACACAAUACUGGGCAGAGAUGUGUUUGAAGUGGCUCAGUUUCCUGCGUCUUUAACAAAAAAGUGUAGUGUGGGUCAAGCAGCCAGAAUCUCAUUGAUCGACACUCCAGGACUGUUUCACACGUCCAUGCCUGAAAAACAUGUGAAAGCUGAGAUUGAGAAGAGUCUGAAGAUGUCUGCUCCCGGUCCUCAUGUGUUUCUGAUGGUCAUCAAACUCGGACGAUUCACAGAUGAGGAAAAGAAAACAGUGGAAUGGAUCCAGAAGAUGUUCAGAAGAGAUGUUCAGAGAUUCACCAUUCUGUUGUUCACUGGAGCUGAUCAAUUAAACAAACCAUUAGAUGAAUUUCUCCUGGAAAACCCAGAGCUGAAGACAUUAGUGGAUGAAUAUCAGGGAAGAUAUCAUGCUUUCAGUAAUGUGGAAAAGAAUCAAGAUCAGGUCAUUGAACUGCUGGAGAAGAUCAAAACAACCAUGGAGGAAAAUGGAGGAGAAUACUACACCAUUGAGAUGUUCAAGAAGACUCAGAGUAAGAUGAUCAAGAGAGGAAUACACUUUGCUGCUGUUGUUUCUGUAAUCUUUUUUGCUUAUGGAUUAUAUCGAACAGGAAAAUUCUGGUGUGACUUGUUUCAUAAUAUGUGGCCACUUUAAUUCAACCACCCUCAUGUUGACGAUAACGGUUUCUUUUUUUUUUUUUUAUUAACUUUUCAUUAACAAUUUAAUUUAGCCAUGUAAGUAACUGAUUCUAUAGCUUAGCAUUGAUACAUUAUAUGUUUAAAAUAUCAUCCAAAGAAACAAUGCUCAGCACAUGAAGAACAUAAAGAAAGCAAUAAGUAAUUAACCUGAUAACCCGCACCAGAACAUCAGUGUCUUGAAAAACUUUUCUUUUUUUCUUAUUUGUAUGUGUAAAUGUUUAUGAAUAUAUUCAAUGAAAAGGGUCAAAAUUCAUCUUGACAAGCUAUAUAUCAUUAUAAAGGUCUAAAGCAUUGACGAUAAAUUUAGCAAAUACAUUCCUUAUAAGUUUUCUAUUGAAAAACAGUGAUCUGUGUAAGCAGUAUGUACCAGAUUCAUCGUAAUAACGAGUCAUGAACACAUCCACAGCUGUACACCCUGACAUUUUCUCAUACCCAUCAGAUUUUCCUACCAGGGUUUACUGCACAUGCGCACAUCAAUAUUGCAUCCUUUUUUUCAUGCUGAACAACGUUUAAUGUAACUGCAUUACUGUAAGGGUAG